GGGCGGAGGGCCGCGGGCAGGAAGCGCCUGCCGAGCGCGCUUUACGGCCGGGCGGGCGGGCACGUCAGCCGCUAUGGCGGAGGGAGAGGAGGCGCCGCCGCCGCCGGGCAGCUGGAUAAAAGAUCUUGCAGAUGCUCUAGAAGAAGGAGGUUGUGAUCUUGAAACUGUGAGAAACAUCAUUCAAGGAAGGCAGUUGCCUGCUGAUCUAAGGGCCAAAGUCUGGAAGAUUGCACUUAAUGUUGUAGGAAAGGGGGACAGCCUAGCAUCCUGGGAUGGCUCCUUAGACCUACCUGAGCAGAGUAUAAUUCAUAAGGAUUGCCAAGAGCUGAUUGCCUUUAACACAGUUUAUAUCACUGUGCCUAUUUCAGACCAGCUGUCAGUGCCAGAAGAAGAGAAGUCAGUAUUAACUUUGGAUAUUGAGUCUGUUAUUACCUUUUAUUGUAAAUCACGCAAUGUUAAAUACAGUUCUUGCCUCGGCUGGAUACAUCUGCUCAAACCUCUGGUGCACCUUCAUUUGCCCCGCAGUGAUUUGUACAACUGCUUCUAUGCUAUCAUGAAUAAAUUCAUUCCAAGGGACUGUUUUAUGAAGGGAAGACCCUUUCAUCUAUUUCGACUGUUGCUUCAGUACCAUGAGCCUGAGCUCUGCUCCUUUCUUGAUACUAAGAAGAUGACUCCGGAUUCAUAUGCACUCAACUGGCUUGGAAGCCUCUUCUCAUACUACUGUUCUGCUGAAGUUACUCAAGCAAUAUGGGAUGGAUAUCUACAACAAGCAGAUCCAUUCUUUAUUUAUUUCUUAAUGUUGAUCAUCCUUGUCAAUGCAAAAGACGUUAUCUUAGCACAAGAAUCAGAUAAAGAAGAAAUGAUAAAAUUCUUAGAAACAUCACCAGCCAAUUUUGAUUUAGAGGACAUAGAAGAUCUCUUCUCUUUGGCACAAUAUUACUGUAGCAAAACUCCGGCUUCUUUCAGGAAGGACAACCACAGUCUUUUUGGCAGCAGCUUGCUGGGCCUCAAAGAUGAUGACACAGACUUGAGCCAGGCUCUCUGUCUAGCAGUUUCUGUGUCUGAGAUUCUGCAAGCAAAUCAGCAACAAGGAGAAGGAGUGAGAUUCUUUGUAGUGGAUUGUCGUCCUGCAGAGCAAUACAAUGCUGGCCAUUUAUCAACAGCAUUUCAUUUAGACUCAGAUUUGAUGCUUCAAAACCCAUCAGAAUUUGCACAGUCUGUAAAAUCUCUGUUAGAAGCACAAAAACAAUCUAUUGAGUCUGGCUCCAUAGCUGGUGGGGAACAUCUCUGCUUCAUGGGAAGCGGCAGGGAAGAAGAAGAUAUGUACAUGAACAUGGUGUUAGCACACUUCUUACAGAAAAAUAAGGAGUACGUAAGCAUUGCCAAAGGAGGCUUUAUGGCCCUCCAACAGCACUUAGCAGAUAUCAAUGUGGAAGGACCAGAAAAUGGAUAUGGCCACUGGAUUGCUAGUACCUCAGGCUCAAGAAAUAGCAUAAGCUCUGUUGAUGGUGAUUCUCCUAACGGUUCAGGUGAUGGGAAAGGAAUGAAAUCCCUAGUGAAUAAAAUGACUGUUGCUUUGAAGACUAAAUCUGUGAAUGUGAAAGAGAAAGUUAUCAGUUUUAUUGAAAAUACAUCUACUCCGGUAGACAGAAUACCUUUCAAUAUUUCCUGGCCUGACAGAGCAAGCCUGGAGCGACAUGUCAGCAGCAGUGACAGAGUAGGAAAACCCUACCGUGGUGUGAAGCCAGUAUUCAGCAUUGGAGAUGAAGAAGAAUAUGAUACUGAUGAAAUUGAUAGCUCCUCAAUGUCGGACGAUGAUCGAAAAGAGGUUGUCAACAUCCAAACGUGGAUAAAUAAACCUGAUGUGAAGUAUAACUUCCCAUGUAAUGAAGUAAAAGAAAAUGGACAUAUGUUUCCCAGUCAUCUCCUAGUAACAGCAACUCAUAUGUACUGUUUGAGGGAGAUUCCAUCACGAAAGGGACUGGCUUACAUACAGUCUCGACAGGCACUCAACUCUGUAGUCAAAAUCACAUCCAAGAAGAAACACCCAGAACUGAUCACCUUUAAGUAUGGAAAUAGCAAUACUUCAGGCAUAGAAAUUCUGGCAGUUGAAAGGUAUUUGAUUCCAAAUGCAGGUGAUGCUACCAAAGCCAUAAAACAACAGAUCAUGAAAGUAUUGGAUGCCUUGGAAAGUUAAACACUAAAGACUUUGUAGAGACCAGUUUAUAAAGAAGAAGCAACCAAGAUAUACUGUAUGUGGACACAAGCUGACUGUUUCCCAACUGAGUACUAACUUAAGAGAAUUUUUCUGUUUGCUGGUGGGACUGCCUGAGUAGCAGGCUUAAGAUAGGGUAAAUUAUUAUCCAUUUCUGGACAGGAUUUUUGUUUGUUUGGUUUUUUUAAUUUUAAUUUUUGUUUGUUUGUUUUGGAGAAGUGUUUAUUAUAAAGGUCAGUUUGUUUCUUUUUAAUGCAGCCUUAAUUGGAGUGAUCUGCAUCUUUGCAAGAGCAGAUGCAGUUGGGUUCACAUUAAGUGAAGAAAUGAAGGACUGUGAGAUACAGUGAAGCAGUUGAAAACACAGUGGCUUUUAAAUUAUUAUCCCUUCUAAAGAAAAUGUCUCCAUUCCCUACAGUCUAGAAAUUUGACUUUGCCUACCAGGUAGUAUCAAAGACUAAUUAAAAUCUAGGUUUUUGAGCAGAGCAGAUACAAAUUUUAAAAAUCUAUUAUCACAUUAAAAACGGUUAAGUCCACUUCGGACUGCAGAGAAAUAGAAAAAAUACAAGCAAUUUGUAAAAUUAAAGGGUUUUUAAAGUCUUACCAGCUACUAGACUAAAUAACUGGAAUUGGUGGUAAAGAUUAUUUUUAAAUACUGAAAUUAACUGUAAUUUUUACUACAGGGUUGUGACUUUUUUAAUUCUGCAGAAUUUUAUAUUUCAUAGGUUGAGGCUGUUUCACUCGUAAAGAUGAGUGUGUGCAUUGAAAUGCAUGUUUCAUGACAGAGUAUGACAGUUGAAAACAAGUUGCCUUGCUCCUCACAAACUAAGAACUUGAGAUGUUUAAAACCCUUCAGUUCAGCACAAAAAUGAGUACAUGCUGACUAAAGAUGUGUUCAGCAAGAUGAACGCACACAAAACCAGCCAAGAAAUUCCAGUGCUGCAUACCUGUGAUAAAUGUAUUCUUAACCAGUUGCCUUCACUGAUUCAAGCAUUUGUUUAUGUUAUUUUGAGUAACAAUUUCUAAAUUAGCAAAGAUUUGGGAGAUGUCAGCUAUAUGGCUGUUCAUCAUAAGCUUUCAAUUUGCUCAAGAAUGGUUCUCUUGUUCAAAGCUCGGCACAGGAAUGUUCUUAUGGACAAGGCAGAGCAACUUUGUAGACUGAUGGGAAAUCACCAAAAACUCUGAAAUAAAGAUAAUGGGGAUUAACUUUGCUGCAUGAAAUCUUCUGAGUACUUGAAUCAAAACCUAUGGUUUGGUACUUCAUCAGAAGGUGAAAUAAGUUAAACUGACCUUUAUAAAACACAUUUAUUCUAAGUUAUUUUACUAGGAAUCAAGCUAGGGCACCUUAAUUCUGGAACUAAUUACUUUCUUUUUCCUUCUUAGUAUCUGAGUAAAUGCCAAUAGAACUUGAACUGUUGAAAAUAUUUGCAUGAAAUUGCACCUGGGCCAAUGCUCCUGUAUUCAUAGUUUUGCCCAGCAACUGUUGUAUUACAUUUUCCUCUUCCUAAUCCCUCCUGAAAAUAUCCUCAAGAGUCUCUGACUCUGUGCCUACUUCAGCAACGAGAUUUUUUCAUGUAAAGAUGUUUGUGCUACUGUUUAUAAACUACAGUUGUAAAUAAACCAGUACAAUUUGAACAUAA